AAUCCGUUGUUUGUGAUUGACACGUGUUAGACUGAAUCCCUGUAGUCUCUGUCCUUACAUCCCAAUCCUGGCCAGCGGGCAUUUGCCUAAGGUACUUUUUAACACCCUGCCCCGUUAUUAAAUCCUGUUUUGCAUUUUCCGUGGCUGAAUGAAUCUGCUGACUUCCCGUUUUCUUUUUCUGUUCCAGAUUGCGUGCACAGGUGAUGUCUCUGACUUUCGAGUGACAAGUGUCAGUACAACGGAAAUUGGCUUGACUAGGAGUAACAAUGACUCGGGCUCCAUUAAGAUACUUACCACACGGGAUGGAGCUGGAGAACCUCGGAAUGAAACAACCACUAACCAUAGUAUUAUCACUGGUGGCUUAAGCCUUGGGACCACGCAUCGUUCUGAAAUAUUUCCACAAGGACCAAAUGGGACACAAGGGCCACCUCAAACAGUUGAAGGUCAAACUGAGUCCAGUGCGGUGUCUGACAUCCCCAUGGUGCGUGUCACCCCACCUGAAAUGGAGCUAAAGUGGCAGAGCAUAGAUACUGCUUCCCAGUACACCUACCAGUUAGGUACACAGUCUAAGGUCAGCUCUUACAAAACGGUCGGUCCCCUCAAAGCGAUCACUCCAAGCAGCCUAAUGCCGAGCACCCUAUAUAACAUCACAAUCACUCCAGAAAUGGGCAAUGUCCCGGGGAAAUCCAGCUUCAUUGCAGAAUACACACAGCCUAAUCCAGUCUCUGGUCUUCAUGUCACCUUCAUGGGGACAACGAAGGUUACUCUUACCUGGUGUAGUGAUAAUGGCACUGCCAAAUGCCGGAUGCUCCUUGAAAGUAUUGGAAGCCAAAAGGAUUCGACUCAAGACUCAGUGUUCAAUAUUUCAGACCUGGAGCCAGGGAAUCGAUACCAGUUCCCCCCGCCUCCAGUAGUAUCAAAUGAGACACAGAAAGACCCAGAAGAUGGCGUAGAAGCCAACAACACUGAGAGAAGCCCAGCAGAGAAGCUACCCAGCAACCACACUGCCCCUGUGUACCUUGGAACUGCAGCCUCAUCCUGUCACCAGGGGUCAAGGGGCACAGAAGUCCAGCUUGUUGGAUUAAAGCCUGGCACGCAGUACAAGGCCACUGUUUAUUCUCAGGCAGCAGAUGGCACUGAAGGACAACCCCAGGUCAUAGAGUUCAGGACAAAUCGUAGUCAGGUUUUAGACAUCCAGGUUGUGAACAUCAGUGCCACAAACAUGAGCCUGACCUGGAGAAUCAGUGGUAAUGCGUCAUCCUACCAAAUACUAGUUGUGAGGGAGACCACGUUCUUCAAUCUCACUGCCAAUGAGAUGCAUGUUGUCAUCCCUGGACUCACAUCCAGCACUUUAUACAAUAUCACCGUGUAUCCUUUACAUGACGAUGGUUCUGAGGGCACGCCCGGCUUUCUCCAAGCAUAUACUCCCCCUGGUCCAGUCUCUGACUUCCGAGUGACAAGUGUCAACACAACGGAAAUUGGCUUGGCUUGGAGUAGCAAUGACUCAGACUCGUUUAAGAUACUUACCACACGGGAUGGAGCUGGAGAACCUCGGAAUGAAACAACCACCAACCAUAGUAUUAUCAUUGGUGGCUUAAACCCUGGGACCAAAUAUCAUUUUGAAAUAUUUCCACAAGGACCAAAUGGGACACAAGGGCCACCUCAAACAGUUGAAGGUCAAACUGAGUCCAGUGUGGUGUUUGGCAUCCGCGUGGUGCGUGUCACCACAACUGAAAUGGAGUUGAAGUGGGAGAGCACAGACACUACUUUCCAGUACAUCUACCGUUUAGAUAUACAGCCUGAGGUCAGCUGUAACAAAACGGUUGGUCCCCUCAAAGAGAUCACUCUAAGCAGCCUAAUGCCAGGCACCCUAUAUAACAUCACAAUCACUCCAGAAAUGGGCGAUGUCCCAGGGACAUCCAGCUCCAUCGCAGAAUACACACGGCCCAGCAGUGUGUCCAACAUUGAAAUAAAUACCACUACCACAGCAGCAGCCUUUAGUUGGCAGAACUUUGAUAACGCCUCUAGCACGUACACUUACCGCCUUCUUAUCAGUGGAAAUUCCAGCAACCCAGUAGAAAACAUCACAGGUGUUGGAACCACCUAUGCUACAGUCUGUGGUUUAAUACCUGGCUCAUCUUACACAGUAGAGAUCUUCGCACAAGUUGGGAAUGUCACUGAGGGGGCAUCUAGCUCUGCGUCAUUCUGUACAGAUGCCGCACCGGUGAACUUCAGCUGUGAGCCAGUCCCCAAAGAGCCAACCUUGGUCCUCACGUGGGCCCUCCCUCCCGGCAACAAUGCUGGCUUUAAGCUGGAGGUCAGCAGUGGAGCCUGUGACAACAUGACGUGCCUAGAGAACUGCUCCUUGGAGAACGGCACCAGCUGCAUGGCAGAAGUCACACAUUUGAAUUUUUGUACCUCGUAUAACAUCAGCAUCACCACCUUGUCCUGUGGAAAGAAUGCAUCCUCCGUCCAAAAAACCUGCACCACUGAUAGCACAGACCCUCCUCCUCCAGCUGAAGCCCCUGUCAUCACGCCUGUCAGUCAUAAUUCAAUAAAGGUUACGUUCAGUGAGUUUAAUGACAGCCAUGGACCGAUCAAAGCCUACGCUCUCAUUCUCACCACCGGGAAGGCUAAGCGUCCAUCACCAAAUGUUUUGAAAUAUACAUAUGAAGAUUUCAAAAAGGAGGCCUCAGAUACUUAUGUGACAUACCUCAUAACAACAGACGAGAAUUAUUCUCAGGGCUUGUCUGAAGUCUUGAAAUAUGAAAUUGAUGUCGGCAAUGAGUCAACCACGUGUGGCUAUCGCAACGGGAAGUUGGAACCUCUCAGCUCCUACCGGGCAUCUGUGGCUGGUUUCACCAAAAUUGUCUUUAACUGCCCUCAAAACUGUGGACUCAUAAAUGGAACCCGGAGCUAUGUGUCCUUCAGUGAAUAUUCAAAGGCCAUUGACUUGCCCCAGGAUCCAGGUGUCAUCUGUGGAGCAGUGUUUGGCUGUAUCUUUGGUGCCCUGGUUGUGGCUGUGGGAGGCUUCAUCUUCUGGAGAAAUAAAAGGAAAGAUGAAAAGAACAAUGAAAUGUCCUUUUCUCAAAUUAAACCUAAAAAAUCCAAGUUGAUCAAAGUGGAGAAUUUUGAGGCCUACUUUAAGAAACAACAAGCUGACUCCAACUGUGGGUUUGCAGAAGAAUAUGAGGACCUGAAGCUUGUUGGAAUUAGUCAACCUAAAUAUGCAGCUGAACUGGCUGAGAAUAGAGGGAAGAAUCGCUAUAAUAAUGUUCUGCCCUAUGAUGUUUCCCGUGUCAAACUUUCAGUCCAGACACAUUCAACUGAUGACUACAUCAAUGCAAACUACAUGCCUGGCUACCAUUCCAAGAAAGAGUUUAUUGCCAUGCAAGGACCUUUACCCAACACUUUGAAAGAUUUUUGGCGUAUGGUUUGGGAGAAAAAUGUGUACGCCAUUGUUAUGUUGACCAAAUGUGUUGAACAGGGAAGGACCAAAUGUGAGGAGUAUUGGCCCUCCAAGGAGGCUCAGGACUACGGGGACAUAACUGUGGCAAUGUCAUCAGAAAUUAUUCAUCCGGAAUGGACCAUCAGAGAUUUCACAGUCAAAAAUGUCCAGACAAGGGAGAGUCACCCUGUGCGACAGUUCCAUUUCACCUCCUGGCCAGACCACGGUGUUCCCGAAACCACUGACCUGCUCAUCAGCUUCCGGUACCUGGUUCGUGACUAUGUGACCCAGAGUCCUCCUGAGACACCCAUUCUGGUGCAUUGCAGUGCUGGGGUUGGAAGGACAGGCACUUUCAUUGCCAUUGAUCGUCUUAUCUAUCAGAUAGAGAAUGAGAACACCGUGGAUGUGUACGGGAUUGUGUAUGACCUUCGAAUGCACAGGCCUUUAAUGGUGCAAACAGAGGACCAAUAUGUUUUCCUCAAUCAGUGUGUUUUGGAUAUUAUCCGAUCCCGGAAGGACUCAAAGGUAGAUCUCAUCUACCAGAACACAACAGCAAUGACAAUCUAUGAAAAUUUUAUGCCAGGGCCCAGGUUUGGAAAGACAAAUGGUUACAUCGCCUGAUUCCAAAGGAAAACCUUUUCUGGAGUUAACCAGACCGUCACACCCACAGCAAAGGAGAACGCCCUGCUAUUGACAUGUUUUUAUAUGUCUACUAUCUUAAAGCUUUGUUCUGUUUUGUUCCAGCUAAUUUUGAGGGUGUGAAGCUGCACAUAUAUGACAUGACAGUUGAGAAGUUGGGGCGAGCAGGGGCUGUGGAUGGGUGGUGAGCAGAUCAGCUGCGUUCCUGAUUACCAAUGGGAUGAGUUUGCUUUUUUUUUUUCCUUGAGGAUUAUGGAAAACCAGGAAAAGUGAGCUGUAAUUUUUUUUUCUUCUUUUUUUUUUUCUUUAAAACAGGUUCUUUUUAAAAAAGACUAUUUUAUAUGAUUCAAAUGCUAAAGCCAGGAUUGUGUUGGGUUGAAUAUAUUUUAAGUAUCAGAGGUCUAUUUUUACCUACUGUAUCUGGGAAUCUAGCUGAUGGAAAAUACCUAAUUGUGGAUGAUUAACAUGUAGGGAGGGGUAUGUGGUGCCUCUUCCACAUAAGUUUUCUAUCUGAACAUGUGCCUUUUCUGAAUUAUGCUUCCACAGGCAAAACUCAGUAGAUAAUCUAUAUUUUUGUAUUGAAUCUCAUAAUUGGAAUAUACGGAAUAUUUAAACAGUAGUUUGAUAUCAAAGGUUCUGCCUUCUCAGUAACAUUCCUGUUCUAGUUUGAUUAGAGGAGGUCUCUCUGCUCCCCCUGCCCCCAUAUACUUGUGCUCCAUUUUUUCUUCCCCUUUCCCUCCUACUUUUCCCCAAAGACUCUUGUGCUGGCAACAUUUUCAGCCCAUUGGUUGGGUUAGAGUGGAAACUAAGUAUCAACUUGAGAAUUUUCAGAGAAAGAAGAAGAACCCUAUGGUGACAUAAUCUCCUUUUCUUGACCUUCUUUUUAUCCUUUUUCUCAUUUCUGUAUUUGGUAAGGAUUAUUUAAAGGUGCAAUAUGUGACUUAGUGAUUCAUGAUGCUCUAGGUUUUUAGUAACGUUUUACUCAGGUUGGCAUUUUAUGUGUGUGUGUUUCUGUGUGUGUGCGUGUGUGUUUCAAAGCGUGGCAGUCUGAACACUUUCAGUGUGAAAACAGUGUCAAAUUAGUCCUUCUUCCCCUGAAUCCACUGGCUUUAGUCUCUCUGCAGUGACACAUAUUGGUAUCUACUGUAUAUGUAUAUAUAUACAGUAUAUAUAUAUAUAUAUACUAAACUCUCUAAACAGUCAUUCGUGUGAGUCAGAAUUGAGGUGUACAAAGUUUGAAUUUGUAUCAAAGAUGUAAUUAUUAUUUUUAAAACCUCUUUUCACUAUACUGCUGCUGUAAUUACUUUGAUUUUUUAAAAAUGUAGAUUAUUUUUUUUUUUUUGUUUUUUUUUUGGGCUUCAGGUGUAUAUCCACCAAGAAUUUUGAGAAUUUAUGUGGAUUUAUUUUACUGGUACAUAAUCUGUAGACUUCUUAAGGCAUUAACGUGAAAGGAUUUUUUUCUUUUUAUUUUAUAUUGUGGCUCAGGUGAUAUUUUGAAGAAGUUUUGAGUUUAUCCUCCAACAGUCAAUGAAGUAUACAAGGACUUGUGAAGGAAUAAACCAGUCCCUGGAGUCCUGUGGCCAUUUCCCACAGUCUUAAAUCCUGCUGUAAACUUAGGACAGAUGUGUCCUACUGAAAAUGGGGAUCUGGAUCUUCUUCGAGUCCCCUGGUCACUGUUGGUCUGUGGGAACCAAUCUCCCGAUGCUGCCACGCUCCUCACCUCACUGGCACUUUGAUAACUGUCUGGACAUGUAAAUGGGUAUGUUAGGGUUAUAAAGGGGGAACCACAGCAUACGUACAGCCCUCAAUGCAGUUCAGAGGUCUAGUGCUGUAUGUCUUUUGUCCCCCUUUCCCUUUGAGGUACUGAAUGAAUGAAAAGGAGAUGUGGUAGGUGUUCAUGUUUUGGGGGAAACCUUACUUCCCAAGUGGAAAUUGCACUUUUUGCUAAAUCCUUGGCUUUCUUUGGUAGCAAGCAGCUCAUUCAGUAUCAGGCCCCUAAAGGACUGGGCUGACCAGGCUAGGGGAGCCCUUGUGGCUCAACUUCAGAGGAGGCUUUGGCUCUGUACAUCUGAAUCAGGGAAGCCAUGCUGUCCCUAGGGUGGAGAGGGAAGCUGGAUUCGGUGGAUUGACCCUCAGCCCAUGCACAUCUCUGAGGAGAGGUCUAUGACUUUGUUCAGUGAUCCUGUGGGCCAUACCCCUCCCACUGCAGUUUGUCUAGAAACCAUUGUGAUGGGCUUCUAAGUGUCAAAUCCCAGGCAGACGCUUAGCCCUGUCCACUUCUCUGCCCUGGAGAUGGGGAGUUUGCUCUGCAGGGAAUUCAGAGGAAAGGACUUGACCCCGAAAGCCCUCCAAACGAUUAAAACAACACUGAUUAUAUAAGCUUGUUGUAUAAAAAAAGCAAAAUCCAGAAACAGUCCUCCCUUCGGCCUGGUGUGGGCUUGGGAGGGCAGUGGCCCCAGCCAACUACUCUUGGACAUCACCCGCAAUGCUGGGAGGAAGGCUUGUGGUGGUGAGGACCAGAGUUCCAAUGGGCAGGUCACACGUAGGUCACGAUGAUUCUCUGUGGCCUGGAGAGGACUGGGGACAGGGCCAGUGGGGCGGUGAGGGUAUUUAUAGCACAGUGAUAGAAAAGGGAAGAUUCAUGUGUAAAUAUAAAGGACACAUGGGGUGAAGUGGCCAGAGGCAAGAGGAAGGUGCUUCUGAGCUUCACCCCAAACCCCUCCUAGGAACAAUGAACUGAAAUUUGGAAAGUCCAGUGGAAUCCUGUGAGGAUGGUUUUCUCUCCCCUGGUUAGUAUUUGGCAACUCCAUGCAUAGAAGCAGCUAGUGCGGGGUCGGUGGCAACAAGAGGGCCUAAGCUUGGUGGCCAGCUGGUGUGGGCCAUUAAUGUCUUCUGCCAAGAGCAGAGACUUUUGCCUCCAUAGGAGAACCUAGUGAUGGACAUUUGAGGUCUGUUCACUGUGGCCGUAGAGUGACCUCCAGCCAGACUUUGGCAUAAUUGACUCCACUGGAUUUGUGCUUCAAAAAGUCAGAGGCCCCUGGAGCUUGGGGUGGGGUCUCCUAUGCAGAUGAUUCAUGUUUGCAUUUCAUCUGGUAUGGAAAAGCCUGGUUUUUUUUUUUUUUUUAAGAUGCUUGAUUGUGCUUGUUUAGCUAAACAAGUGUUGGCGGCUGAUGCUGAUUUGCCUCAAAAGUCCAAGUUCUGAGUUUUCAGACUACUGUGUAGCAGUUGUGUGUUUAACAUACUGUAGCUUCUCUCCCUCGGGGGCACAUAUGAAUAGGAAGUGUUGAUGUGGACUCUAAAACUGUAAUUUUCUUGUAACUAUUUUGGAAUGAUGCAUAUUUCUAAUGUUUGUUAUACUUGUACAGAGUAUUGCUGUCGGUUGCUUUUUUUUUUUUUUUUAAAGAAAAAAUGACCUGAAUAAUUUUUUUAAAAAA